UUUAAAGUAAUUGUUCUUGUAAAUAUUUUAAGGUUUUGUUUUGUGAAUUAUGAAAAAGCAGCAGUGAUUGUAUUCUGUUUCAAAAACUUCCUGGUCGCUGUCGUGUAUAUACGUCUUUAUCGUACAGCCUUAGUAUAAUGGACAUUUCAAAUUCAGCAACUGAACAAAACGAAGACCAAGUCAAUCCAAUACCCACUCCACCCGUUCAGAAUGUAGCCCCUGAUAAUCCAGACACGUCAAAAAGCUGUUGGGUCUGUUUUGGUAGCGAGUCAGAUGACAUUACGGCUGUGUGGAUUCGGCCAUGCAGAUGCAGGGGUACUACAAAGUGGGUCCAUCACAAUUGCUUAAUGCGCUGGGUUGACGAGAAACAAAAAGGUCAUUCAUACACUAAAGUUCACUGUCCACAAUGCAACACAGAGUAUGUUAUAACAUUCCCACCCUUUGGUAAAUUUUGUGGCAUAAUUCAAACUGUGGACAGAAUGAUAUACAAAGCAUCCCCUCUUAUUGCAACUGGUGUUUUGCUUGGUUCUGUUUACUGGACCGCUGUAACAUAUGGUGCUAUUACUGUUAUGCAGGUUUUAGGUCACAAAGAAGGUUUGGACAUGAUGGAAAGAGCUGAUCCACUGUUCCUACUUAUUGGGUUGCCAGCCAUACCUGUUGGCUUGGUGUUGGGCAAAAUGAUACAGUGGGAUGAGUAUCUACUUCGAGUGUGGAGGCGUCACGCCCACAAGCUUGGUAUUCUUAACUACCUCUUCCCAAUGAAUACUUAUGGAACUGUACGCCCCACUCAACCACACGAGGCACCAGCGAGAGAGAUAAAGUUCACCAGAGUUUUCUGUGGUGCAAUGUUGUUUCCAACAAUAGCUACAAUCGUGGGUAAACUCGGCUUCAGAAAAGUGGAUGGUAACCUUCAACGAAGCUUUUUGGGUGGAAUAGCUUUUGUUGCGAUCAAAGGGAUCCUGAAGAUUUACCUCAAGCAGCAAAUAUAUUCACGUCUUGGCCAACGCAGAAUCACAAAUUACGAACACACAGAUAGUGGAACGCCUACUUGAACAAAUACAUGCAGCAUACACUGUCUAUUGCGCAAAUUUUACACUAAGUUUAAAAGUAAUUAUCACUAGUGCAUGGAGUAAAGUUUUUUUCUUGUUGAAUUCAGAUUAUUUUAAUGAAACUGCGCCAUCCUGCUUGCUAUGCCGCAAUUAAAUGGUAUACUGUGUGUUUUGUUGUUCUGUA